AAACCCGACCGUGGUAUAAAGUAUAAACUGUUCCAAUAUUCAUGCACCCACUGACCCACACCACAUAUUCAUAUUGCAUACAGCUUUAGAAAAUUUGUUGCCGAGACUCAUCAAACAACAAACCAUGCAUUUCUCACUACACCCCUUCAUCUUCUCUCUCCUUCCCCUGUUUUUCUUCCUAGUUUUCCUUCUCAAAUGGCUCUCCAUCACCACCCGAACACCGCACAAAAACCCACCGCCGUCUCCCCGAAAGCUCCCCGUGAUCGGAAACCUCCACCAAAUCGGCCCCUUCCCCCACCUCUCCCUCCACUCCCUCUCCCAAGCCCACAGCCCCUUAAUGCUCCUCCACUUUGCCGCUGCUCCUGUCUUGAUCGCCUCCUCCACCGCCGCCGCCCGUGACAUCAUGAAAACCCAUGACUUUAUCUUCUCCAAUCGACCAAAAUCGACCAUUUGUGAGAAAAUCAUGUACGGAGCGAAGGAUGUGGCUUUCAGCCCUUACGGCGAGUAUUGGAGGCAGAUGAAGAGCAUCUGCGUCCUCCAACUACUAAGCAACAAGCGAGUCCAAUCCUUUCGCAAUGUCAGGGAAGAAGAGACGGCGCUCAUGAUUGAGAAGAUUUUGGGUUCUGGUUCUAAUGUGGUGAAUUUGAGCGAAUUGAUUGUGGAGUUGAUGGGAGACGUGGUGUGUAGGGUGGCGUUGGGGCGGAAAUACGGCGGCGUCGGGGGUGGAGAAGGAGGAGGGGGCAGGAGGGGGUUUAAGGAGGUUUUGGGGGAGUUCGUGGAGUUAUUGGGGUUUUUUGAUAUUGGAGAUUUUGCCCCAUGGCUAAAGUGGGUGAAUAGAGUAAAUGGGGUGUAUGGGAGAGCGGAAAGACUUGCUAAGGAGUUGGAUGAGUUUUUAGAGGGUGUGGUGGAAGAGCAUGAAAGUAGAGAGAGACAGGGAGGAGAGAGAGAGCAAGAUUUUGUGAAUGUGUUGCUUGAAGUCCAGAGAGAGAACGUGGCUGGGAUUCCUAUUCAUAGAGAUAGCGUCAAAGCUCUUAUUUUGGAUGUAUUUGCUGCUGGAACUGAUACUACAUCCACAGCCCUAGAAUGGGCAGUGACAGAACUCUUAAAACAUCCUCAAGCCAUGAAAAAACUCCAAGCCGAAGUUCGAAGAACAAUCCAACCCAACCAGCCCAUAACUGAGGACGAUCUAGACCAGAUGCCCUACCUAAAAGCCGUGAUAAAGGAGACUCUACGCCUCCACCCUCCAAUUCCCCUUCUCGUGCCUCGGGAGUCGACCAAAGACGUCCAAGUAAUGGGCUAUGACGUUGCGGCCGGGACGCGCGUGGUCGUCAAUGCAUGGUCGAUCGGGCGGGAUCCGGCAUCGUGGGACGACCCCGAGGAGUUUAGGCCUGAGAGGUUUUCGAACAGUCUGGUUGAUUUUAGAGGGCAUGAUUUCGAGUUGAUUCCAUUCGGAGCGGGGAGGAGGGGGUGCCCGGGGAUUCAGUUUGCGGCGGCGGUCGAUGAGCUGGCCGUCGCAAAUCUUGUGCACAAGUUUGAUUUUGCAUUGCCUGAUGGGGUGGAGUUGGAUGUGAGUGAAGUUGCUGGUAUCACUGUUCACAAAAAGUUGCCUUUGCUUCUUGUUGCAACUCCUUGGUCUUGUUAAUUGGAGUACCAUGUGAAAGUACUUAAGCUCCUAUUAUUGCACUCCCUUAGUCUAUUUUAAAUGUUUCCUGUGUAAAGUCGUGUCUUUUGACUCUUAAAAAAAUCAUAUUUUUUAUAAUCUUUUUUGGAACUUUUAUUUUUUACCGUUUGAAAGUAUUCAUUGAGAUAUUUUAAAUGGUGCAAAACAAAGUUAAAAAUUAAUUUCGAAAGCGUUUUAUUUUUGAUGUCAAAGUUACACGGUCUCCCGUAUGGAGCAUUUAAAUUAAUUGAGACGGAGGGAGUAAUAUGUAUGAAACAUGUAUCUGUAUUUUCAUGAGUACAUAUUGGAUAUAAUAGUAAUACUGGCACAUUUUGAGAGUUUUC